CGUUCUUUAGAUUCCGGGUCAGCCUGCUCUGACUUUUUGGAUUGGAUUUACAUUCUGAAUAAAUGUCUAAAUUUUACCUAGUUUUGACAUGAUGCACGCAGUUGUUGUACUUAUCGUAAAUAUGCUUUAAAAUCAGCAAGACUCUCUCGGUUAGAUAUAAAAGAUAACGAUGAGUGGAGGAUUAGCACCCAGCAAAAGCACUGUUUAUGUGUCCAAUAUACCAUUCUCAUUGACAAACAACGAUUUGCACAAGUUAUGCACUAAAUAUGGCAAAGUGGUCAAGGUGACUGUUGUCAAAGACAAACAGACACGUAUGAGUAAAGGAGUAGCGUUUGUGCUGUUUCUGGACAGAGAGUCUGCUCAUAAUUGUGUCCGUGCAUUGAACAACAAACAGUUGUUUGGAAGAACAGUGAAAGCCAACAUUGCCGUUGACAAUGGCAGAGCUGCAGAAUUCAUCAGGAAGAGAAACUACACCGAUAAAUCUAAGUGUUAUGAAUGUGGGGAAGUAGGGCACUUAAGUUAUGCUUGCCCAAAAAAUUUACUCGGAGAGCGAGAACCUCCACCUAAAAAAGAAAAGAAAAAGAAGAAAAAGGCCCAGCAGCAGCCUGAUGAAGUAGAACCUGAGGACAGUGAUGAUGAGGGAGAGGAUCCAGCACUGGACAGUUUAGGUCAGGCAAUAGCUUUCCAGCAAGCUCGCAUUGAGGAGGAGGAGAGGAGACGGAAACAGGUCACAGAGGCGGCGUCUGAAGCGUCAACAUCAGCGGACACCCCCAAGCUAAGGAUCAAAAAGAGCACCUACUUCAGUGACGAGGAGGAGCUGAGCGACUGACUCAUACCUAUAUGUUCUCAAAACACAUUUUUUGUUUUCUCAGCCCUUUUUUACCCAUUAAGGAGAUCACAAUUUCUUUUUUUUAACAGUGUGUUUUGUUGACAUUCAGGGCAAAAGAAAGCUGUAGUUAUAUUGACCUGAGAUGGUGAUUGUCAAUGCUCCUCAUUCAGAUAUACAGUCUUAAGUUUUUCACAGGUUUAAAAUAUCGGGUACAGAGAGUACUGUUGUAAAAUGUAUUAUUUUUAUCUUGUAAAUAAAGCAGUUUUGUGAGUUUCAGCAUUCUUGUUAUAGUAUCUAGAAAAUGUUAAACAAAUGUUUUUGUUUUUUUACUUAAACAGCUUCCUGUCAUUUUCCUGUCAUCGUGUCCUCAGCUUUGGCAAUGAGUAAAGGCAUUUGUUUAACCCACUAAACAUUUAUUGAAGAUAGAUAUGUAACUCUAAAUAUGUAAUGCAUUUAAAAUACAGCAUAAAAGCUAAAAAAAACAUUGUGCUUUUUAUAAGUGUUACCUGACUAAUGUUUUGAAAAUAAAAGUCAAAUUUAAAGAGCACAACCAAACGUGUUCUUUCCAUAAAUGACCAAUGUA